AUGAGCCAAAGAUUGACCGGCGCCGCGGUCGCCGAGCACAACUCCAAGGACUCGUGCUGGGUCAUUGUCCACGGAAAAGCUUACGAUGUCACCGAGUUCCUGCCAGAACACCCCGGCGGCCAAAAAAUCAUCCUCAAGUAUGCCGGCAAAGAUGCGACCGAGGAAUUCGACCCAAUUCACCCCCCAGAUACCCUCGACAAGUACUUGGACAAGUCCAAGCACCUCGGCGAGGUCGAUAUGAGCACCGUGGAGCAAGAAGAGAAGGCCUUUGACCCAGAGGAGGCCGAUCGUCUGGAGCGUGUCAAGCGGAUGCCUUCGCUCGCCGCAUGCUACAACCUCAUGGACUUUGAGGCUGUCGCUCGGCAAGUUAUGAAGAAGACGGCAUGGGCCUACUAUUCCAGCGGAGCAGACGACGAAAUUACAUUGCGCGAAAACCACCACGCUUUCCACAAGAUCUGGUUCCGCCCCCGCGUCCUCGUCGACGUCGAGAAUGUUGACAUCUCCACCACCAUGCUCGGAACCCCCUGCUCCAUCCCCUUCUACGUGACCGCCACCGCACUUGGCAAGCUCGGCCACCCCGAGGGUGAAGUCGUGCUCACCAAGGCCGCCCACAAGCACGACGUCAUCCAGAUGAUCCCAACCCUCGCCUCAUGCUCCUUCGACGAGAUUGUCGACGCCAAGCAGGGCGACCAGGUGCAAUGGCUCCAGCUUUACGUCAACAAGGACCGCGAGAUCACCCGUAAGAUUGUCGAGCACGCCGAAGCGCGCGGGUGCAAGGGUCUUUUCAUCACGGUCGAUGCUCCCCAAUUGGGUCGUCGCGAGAAGGACAUGCGGUCCAAGUUCAGUGACCCCGGUUCCAACGUGCAGUCUGGUGAUGAUGGAAUCGACCGGUCCCAGGGUGCUGCCCGUGCUAUUUCCUCUUUCAUUGAUCCCGCGCUAUCGUGGAAGGAUAUCCCCUGGUUCAAGAGUAUCACGAAGAUGCCUAUCGUGCUGAAGGGUGUUCAAUGUGUGGAGGAUGUUCUCCGUGCCGUCGAGGCCGGUGUUGAGGGUGUUGUUCUCUCCAAUCACGGCGGUCGUCAACUGGAGACCGCCCGCUCCGGUAUCGAGGUCCUUGCUGAAGUUAUGCCCGCUCUCCGCGAGCGCGGCUGGGAAAAGCGCAUUGAAGUCUACGUUGACGGCGGUGUGCGCCGAGCCACAGAUAUUCUAAAGGCGCUCUGCCUAGGCGCCAAGGGUGUUGGUAUCGGUCGGCCCUUCUUGUUCGCCAUGUCCGCAUAUGGCGUUGACGGUGUCAACCGCGCUAUGCAGCUGCUCAAAGACGAAAUGGAAAUGAACAUGCGUCUGAUUGGUGCUACACGGAUUGAAGAGCUGAACCCCAGCCUGUUGGAUACACGCGGUCUGCUCGGUGGGCAUGCCGGUGCUAUUCCCUCCGAUACGCUUGGUCUGGGUGUGUACGACCCACUCGAGGCUCCGCGAUUCAACGAGAAGGCCAAGCUAUAG